AUGACGUGCAGUCUGCUUGCUCGAGCAACGACAGCCUCAAGUAGAGCAUGCUUUCACUCACAGCCCUUUCAGAGUCAAAGUAAUGGGUUUGCGACGUUCAGAGGAAAACGCGCAGGCAUUUUCAUUCCUCGUGUUUGUUCACGGAAGUAUGAAUCUACUGCAACAGCGUCAGCAGUUACUCCUUCUGUUGCUCUGCAAGAAAACAUCGCAAAUGCUCCAGCACCCACAGGUGUCCCGGCGGGUAACCUUCCUCUCGAUCGACCAUCAUGGGAAUCGAUUAAGCAAAUGAUAUCCUACCCGACACUCCGUGCUAUUAUUGAGAACCCUUACCAGUUCAAAACGAUGACCCCCGUUCAAGCUGAAGUUGCACAGCUUCUCCCAGGGCUUGCUCUACCUCCUGAGUCAACAUCUAACGACGUCUCGACAUGCCCGCGAGAUCUUCUGGUCAAGGCAAAAACUGGUACCGGGAAGACCUUUGCAUUUCUAAUUCCGGCUAUCGAGGCUCGCGUGAAUGCCAUCCACGCUUGGGGUAAGCAAGCGGUUCGCGAUGCAGGCCUUGUUUCAGACAAGCAUCUAGAGGCGCAAGCUAGGAGACAAUUUACCAGGGAACACGUCGGUACCCUUAUCAUCAGCCCCACCCGAGAACUCGCUACGCAGAUUGCCAACACUGCUAUCAAGUUGACCCACCAUCACAAGGAUUUUGAAGUUAGACUAUUCUAUGGCGGAUCAAGCAAGCGAAUGCAGAUGCGCGACUUCAUGAAAGGGCGGAGGGAUAUUGUUGUAGCUACCCCCGGGCGACUUCGCGAUUUGCUGCAGUCGGAGCCUGAAGUAGCGAAAGGUAUCAGUAAAUGUAAAAUGGUGAUAUUCGAUGAGGCAGACAUGCUUCUCGAUAUGGGCUUCCGGGAUGACAUCGAUGCGAUUAUGAGCUAUUUGCCACCUAAAUCUGAGAGGCAGACAUUUCUCUUUUCAGCAACACUAUCUCGGACCGUUCGUCAGGUCGCACAGACAGUUCUUGCUCAGGGCCAUAAAUUCAUUGACGUAGUUCCUGAAAGUGAAUCCCCAGUUCACGCACACGUUCCCCAAUAUCACACCGUCCUCCCCACUCCAUCUCAACAGAUCCCCCACCUUCUUCGUCUCCUUGCACAUGACCAGCUUACAAACUCGGGCAAGAGCAAAGUCUUAUUAUUCCUCCCCACGACACGCAUGACUCAGCUUUUCGCGACACUCACUCGCGAGCUUUCAAAAGCAGUAUUGCCUGCUGGAGCACACACUAAGGUGUAUGAGAUUCACUCUAAGCGCACACAGGACUCACGCAUAGCCGCCUCCGAUGCUUUCCGCGCUGACAACUCUGGAGCAUCGAUUCUCGUCAGCUCCGACGUCUCCGCACGAGGCGUGGACUAUCCAGGGGUGACGCGGGUCAUUCAGCUCGGCAUCCCCGCUGCCACGGAACAGUAUAUUCAUCGCGUCGGACGUACUGGUCGCCAGGGCUCUACAGUUGGACGUGGGGACCUAGUUCUUCUACCUUGGGAGAUCGGCUUUUUGAGCUGGCAGCUCAACGAAGUUCCGCUAAAGCCAGUUACCUCAGAUGAGCUCGCCCGCCAGGUCCAGGACCUUGCAGCUCACUACGACGCUGACCCUCAAGCAGUAUUCAAGGGCGUACCAAUCAAACUACAUGACGCUAGGGGUCGGCCAAUGCGGGGUGGACCCAGGAUGUACGACGCGCCGCUUUCACCACGCCUUUCCUCGGAAGAAAUAAACAACAGCAUCGCGGCACUACUAAAACAUAUCGACGAAGAAGCCAUCAAGGAAACUUUUGCUUCCCUGCUUGGCUAUUAUAUCCCCAAGUCGCCCGAGUUGCGAAUUCAGAAAGGCAAUAUUCUGGCUGGAUGUAGAAGUUGGGCAACGGAAGCAUGCGGCCUACCUACGCCCCCGUAUGUCAGUGAUGGCUUUCUGCAGAGGAUGGGCCUUAACGACGGGCGCACGAAGCACUUUGGCAAAUCUUACCGAGACCCUAGGUCUUCUGCGAGACCUGUAAAUUCAUGGGAAACGAGGGGCAAGCAGAACAAACGGUCUUUCGAGAAUCCCAGAGGAAACUUCCGUCGGGAUGAGCAGUUGGAUGAUAAUGACCCUUCUGGCAACGUCGACGAGUAUCGUGGUGCACGUUAUGGAAGGGAGAGGCCAGAGCCGCGCAAAGAGUGGGGUCGUGACAAUGACCGUUCUGGCGGCGUCGACGAGUAUCGUGGCGCACGUUAUGGAAGGGAGAAGCCCAAGAGAGAGUGGGCGCAUCCCAGUGACCCUUCGGGCGAUACCGAGGAGUACCGCGGUUCGCGCCAUGGGAGGGAGAACAGACCACACAGAGAGUGGUCGCGUGAUGGUCCGCACCGCGAGAACAGCUCACGCGGGUUCAGCAAUCGGUGA